UCUCUCUCCCCUUCGUCUGUAAUACUCUGUGUUUUCUUGAAGACCUUUAAUGGCGAAAGACGUUGAAGUUGCCGAGCGGGGUUCCUUCUCAGCCAAGGACUACCAUGACCCGCCUCCAGCUCCAUUCUUCGACUCAGUUGAGCUCACCAAGUGGUCGUUCUACAGAGCUGUUAUAGCUGAGUUCAUAGCUACUCUUCUGUUUCUCUACAUCACUGUGCUGACUGUGAUCGGGUACAAGUCCCAAAUCGACGCCGGCCUCGGUGGCGACGCUUGCGGCGGAGUUGGGAUUCUCGGUAUUGCCUGGGCGUUUGGUGGCAUGAUCUUCAUCCUUGUUUACUGCACUGCCGGAAUCUCAGGGGGUCACAUUAACCCAGCUGUGACUUUUGGACUGUUCUUGGCUCGGAAGGUGUCGUUGCCCCGAGCUGUGAUGUAUAUUGUGGCUCAGAGUUUGGGUGCCAUAGCCGGAGUUGGGCUAGUCAAGGCUUUCCAGAAGUCUUACUACACCAAGUAUGGAGGUGGAGCCAAUGAGCUUGCUGAUGGGUACAGCACUGGAGUUGGAUUGGCUGCUGAAAUUAUUGGGACAUUUGUGCUGGUUUACACUGUGUUCUCUGCCACUGACCCAAAGAGGAGUGCCAGAGAUUCCCAUGUUCCGGUUUUGGCACCACUUCCAAUUGGGUUUGCUGUGUUCAUGGUUCACUUGGCCACCAUCCCAAUCACCGGCACGGGCAUCAACCCGGCUAGAAGUCUUGGAGCUGCAGUAAUUUACGACAAAAAGAAGGCUUGGGAUGACCAAUGGAUCUUCUGGGUUGGACCCUUUAUUGGUGCAGCAAUUGCAGCCUUCUACCACCAGUUCAUCUUGAGAGCUGGAGUUGUUAAAGCACUAGGGUCAUUCAGGAGCAACCCACAUAAUUGAACUUUUUCAGAGUCACUUUGAAAGAUGUUUGCUUCCGAAACAUCAUGUUUCAAGCCUUUUAGGGUUGGGAAACAGAGGAAGAAGAGUAUGUACUUUCGAAAAGAAUAACGGGGUGGUAUUUGUGGUAGCUAGCUUAUUAUGCUUGUGUAUGGAAGUUAAAUUUCUAUCCCUGGUAUCUCAAUUUGGUCCAGUA